CAAAACCAAUUGAACUCUCUCCAUCACUCACUCACUACUAUAGUACUCUUCCUCCAAACAAUUAAGGCCUCAAUAAUCUUCUUCCAAAACCCCCCCCAAAAAAAGAGAAGAAAAAACCAUGCAAAGCAGGGAAGUAGUCUCAGGCCUCAAUUAUUUACUCCCUUCAAACCCUUGUCCCUACCCUCCUAACAACAACAACUACACCACCAUGUUCCAAAACAACAUUAAUCCCACAUUUCAGUUCCAAAGAUUCUCUAACCAAAUAUAUGGCUAUAACAAUAUUAACAACACUCCCUAUCAUAAAGUUCCCGACUUAUUCAGUCCUCAAUCCUCAUGUAUAAGCAGCAACUCCACUUCUGAUGAGGCUGAUGAGCAAAACCUGAGCCUCAUCAACGAGAGGAAGCACAGGAGAAUGAUAUCGAACCGCGAAUCGGCGCGAAGAUCACGCAUGAGGAAGCAGAAGCACCUUGAUGAGCUCUGGUCACAAGUGGUGUGGCUCAGGAAUGAGAACCACCAGCUCAUGGACAAGCUGAACCAUGUCUCAGAGAGCCAUGACCAAGUGAUGCAAGAGAAUGCUCAACUCAAAGAACAAGCUUUGGAACUUCGCCAAAUGAUUAGGGACAUGCAGAUACAUAGCCCUUGCCCCUCCUCCUUCAUAACCCCUUUGGAAGAUCAUCAUCAUGAUGUUGAUCAUGUGAUUCCUUCAGCAUAUCUCAGAUCUGAUUCUUCAAACCAAUUAUCCAACUCGUGUAACAACAACAUGGACGACCUCCUUGGCUGAAUUUGAUCAAUACAAGGGGCAGACCAAAUUUUUAAUUAUCAUCUAAAUUAAUCUCCUUUAAUUAGUUGAUAUUUAUCUUUUUUUUUUUUUUCCUUUUGUUUUGUUUUUUUCUUCUGUGUCUGUGUGGAAGUCAAAAACAAUAGUCUUUUUUCUCCCUUUUGAGCUUUGUACGUGAGGAAGAAAAAGAUAAAUGGCAAUAACAUGUACCUGAUGAGUAUCUUUAAUUUUAUCCUUUAGCUCAUUAACUUUGAAA